AUGGGCGAAUAUUCCGAUUCUGAAGAUGACGAGGACUGUCGCCCAGGCAACAAGGACACGUCGAGCAUACGUUUAAGCCUACUGAAUGCCGUCAAGGAGAAACUAAACGAUGGACAAGAAGUUAAGCACUCAAUGGCUGGAUAUAAAAAGAUGCUCGAGAAAUGCGCUAAAGACGACAAAGACAUUAAUAAGACGAUCCUGCACUGGAUCGUGAACAUCGCGUCAUCCCACGAUAGAAGUGAUAGGUUAUUUUUCGAGGCCGCCGAAACGCUCGUCGACAUCGCUAUGGAGCACGAUGAGACUUUGAUAAAAGAGAUGGAUAAACGAAAUGAUACGCCAUUACAUCAAGCCAUUAUGUUUGAGCACCGUAGGGGACGCAAAAUCACAGAACGUAUGAUUCGCGCUGGCAAAUACAGCCCCUUUUUCAAGGAGGCUAUUUCGAUGACCAAUUCGACAGGCGAGAAUGCGUUGCACCUGGCAAUAAAUAGAGAUUGGCCGGUUGCCUUGCAACUUAUCACCAUCUCUGACAGGAAAGCAUUUUUACAAACGCGCAAACUCGUACAGCAAGGUGCCUCUCAUAAUGAUGGCAAUACUCCUCUACACGACGCAGUCGAUAAAGGUCGUGUUGUUUUUGAAAGACCUAAAUGUUCUGAGGGCGAUUCAAUGUGUAAGAAAUGCAAAAAAGCCGCAGAAGACAUCGAUACAAGCGCCACUGCUGCUGUUGAGAGUGUCAAAAUGCUCAUACGUCGCUGUGGUGAAGCAUUGAAAACGAAGAACACCAAGGGCGAAUCGCCUUAUCUUUACCACAUCAGGACAAUGGAGACUCACUAUCGACCGACAGCAAAACAAAGGCUUAACCAUGAGGCUACCCAAGCUUCCCAGGCCGGUCCUGCCUCCACUACUACCCAGGGACGUGUGUACGCCGGCAACGCAACAGGAUGUUCCAGGGUAUCAUGUAUUGAUACUGCAAGAUCUAUUGAAACGGUUCUUGUAGAAUCUAACUUUUCUAUCGGUGACUUCAAGGAUGCUUGUUCGUGUUUCUUCGGCGAAGACACUGAUGAGUAUGGUACCGGUUGCCCUUUCCGGCCUGUUCGGGCAAUCUUUGGUACCGCAUACCAAAUCUACCAGAAACUUCUUCCCACGGGCACUCAAACCCUAUCUCAUGUUGAUCUUGUGCUCAGCACAAACGUAGAACAAUCGGGGAAUGAGGACAGAAUAGCAAUUUUUGACCACUGGAGUCGAAAUAUGGAGAGCCUCAAAAAAAUGUUCAACAUGCUACGAAACCACGGCAUAAAACGGAUUCUUAAGGUGACGAUCCACGACAAUGAGCAGACGCCUUCCAGUGAUAACACUAUUCAAGCUUGUCUUAAUGGCUUUGAUGUCAGGUAUCUCGAUUGGAACGAGCCAGACCUGUGCAUUAAUGUUAUACGCUCUGGCUGGGAAGAUGACGAUGAAUACAGAAAGACGGUUGAUUUAUUUACUUCAGAUCUUCGGUUAAGAAUAUCACUCAUUCGAAAGAAGCUGAUCAUAGUAUCGGAACAUCAAUUCUGCAUUGACAGCAUUUUGAAUACCAAAAACUACAUGAAAACCAUCGACGACUUCCUCUUAAAGCCAGCGCCAACAUGGAGGGUCAAUAAGGCAAAGAAGGAUAAGAUAUCACAAGAAGAUAAGAUUCAAACUGAUCAAGACCAUCUUGCCUCACUGUCAUCAACUCUAGGGUGCGUUGAGGAGCAGAUCCGCCAACUCAUUCCCUCAGCCGUAUCUGAGAAGAUCAACAUCACUGAGAGCCAUGGGCAUGCCGACAAGGAUGGACAUCGAUCUUCUGAAUACAAGAUGAUAGCUCCUAAACGUGAAACUGUCAUAUCAUCAACGACCCAAAAUAAUGAUGUGGCACAGCAUGAUUUCUGCUAUCAAGAACCCACGGUCAUACCAGGGGACGUAUACAUAGUCCAUCUACACGAUGCGGUUGGCAAUCAGAUCAAUGUUGCUACUCAUUUCACAAUAACGCCUAAGGUUCUAGAUCCUCCUCCUGCCUCCACCAAGGCCUCCGAUACAAGAAUCAGUACAAUCCCACCAGAGGACAGCCAUUCAGUAGUUCCGGAUAUCAACAGAUGGGUCGCAUGCGUAGAAGCCUUCAGGAAAAAGCGAUUUUCACCUCAAAAGGGGAAGACCAAGAUUAAAGUUGCACUCAUCGACGACGGUGUUGACUUUUAUCAGCUCGAGUCCUCUAUCCGAGUUCCGGGAUGGCCAGCGUUAAGUGGAGACAGCGACGACAUGCCAUGGUGGCACUCAGACGGUGGCCAUGGCACUCAGAUGGCAAGAAUGAUUACAAAUGUAUGCCCCGAAGUGCAAUUCCUAGUGGCCAAACUAGGCGGUAGUAGUGGUGGCCGACUAAGUAAUGGUAAUGCUGCUGAAGCAGCAAAGGCUGUCCGGUGGGCGAUUAAAAACAAGGUCGACAUUAUUUCCAUGAGUUGGAGUAUACUCAAAUCAGCCCAAAACGAAGAAGAUGUAGCAAGUCUUGAAGAGCAGAUCAAGGAGGCUGCUAAAAACAAUAUCAUCAUGUAUUGUGCGGCUACAGACAAUAACGACUAUGGCGAGAACGACAAAGUCUUUCCUCAUUGUACAGACACAAACGCCAUACGGAUUGUCGGUUCAGGGACAGAGGCUGGAAAGCCGUCUGAAUUCGUCAACGAGAAGCAGGUGCACUAUCUCUUUCCCGGUGAGGGCAUCAAACAACUUGGGGAUCAAAGUGGAAGCUCCGCUGCCACUGCGUUGGCAGCCGGUUUGGCUGCCCUUCUUCUAUGGUGUUUUCAGAACUCAGAGAAGCCGCAAGACAUCAGUCAAAUCGCCAAUCCAUCUGCUAUGGGCAUUGUGAUGGAGAACAUCAAGUCAGAUGGAACGAAGUGGGUAAAUGUUACAAAAAUCCUUGGAAAGGAUGAGCCGUCUACCAUUGACGGUGUGGUUGACUACUGUGUAUCAGCUUUGAGAGUGAAAGGACGAGGUUGA